AUCAAUUUUUUCUUUAUAUCGACAAUUUGCCUUCAAGUGAUUUUUACCAUCAUGUGGAAUUACGUUUUCGUUUCUGGAAUUGUUCUAUUAGUGUCGCUGUUAUAUCACUAUAAUGUCACCCGACCAUCGAGUGUUAUUGAAUAUCCGGAAGAUCGUUACGACUAUAUAGUGGUUGGUGCAGGCACUGCGGGAUGUGUGGUAGCUUCUCGGCUGUCUGAGCUACCGAAUAAAAGUGUGCUCCUAGUUGAGGCUGGAGGGUACUUCAAUUGGCUCUCAACUGUCCCUCUUGCCGCACCGCUUAUGCAGGGAACUGCUGUCGACUGGGCAUAUAAAACGGAAACACAGUAUUAUGCGUCGAGGGGUUUUGUAAAACAUCAAGCCUCUUGGCCUAGAGGUAAAGGCCUCGGAGGCAGCGGACAGAUGAAUUUUCUGCUCCAUUCCUUCGGAAAACCGGAGGACUACAGACAAUGGCCUACUGGCUGGUCCUAUCACAACUUAGCACCGUAUUUUGAUAAAGUUUCGAGGAUCAUGGGGGUCCCAGGGAUCCCUGUAGAAGGAGAGCUAACAAAAAUAUUCAUGGGGAUCCGUACUUCGCAAUUCAAUGGUGAUGUCAUCAUCGAAAACGCCGAAAAUACUAUAAAACGAGGAAAACGGUUUAGCACUUAUCAUGCUUAUCUCCAGCCGGCUUGGAACCGAAACAAUCUUCACAUUUUACCGGAGACUUUGGUUGCAAAAAUUUUAUUUGAUGACGAUAAGAAAACUGUGGAAGGGAUAAAAGCAAAAUUUAAGGAUGGAACACUGGGAAGGAUUGCAGCAAAUGAUGAAGUAAUUUUGUGUGCUGGAGCCGUGAAUACACCACAUUUAAUGAUGGUUUCCGGAGUUGGACCUUUCGAGGAGCUCAGACAAAAUCAAAUACCUGUGAUUAAAAACAUCUCAGAAGUAGGAAAGAAUCUAUUCGAUCAUCUGAAUGUCCCAAUAUACGUUUCUCUGGAGGCACCAGUAAGCAUUACCCUGAGGAAAAUGCAGACACUUGCAGAAAUCAUGAAAUAUUUCGUCUUUGAGUCCGGAAUAUUGGCAACCAACGGGGUAGUCGGUACAGCAUCUCGAGGAAACAGUGGAUUUGUACUUUUUGGAGUUGGAAGUCAAGAUGAGAAAUUGUUAAACGUUUCAAAUUACGAAACAGAGGUAUUCAGAAGUGUUUUCCCCUCAUAUAAUAAUUCCACUCAAGAAGGAGUUCUCAUCUUGGCGACCUGUCUACAGCCCCAAUCUCGAGGAAACAUCACUCUGAAUACUUAUACGAUUCUGGACCCUCCUCGAAUCGAUCCAGCUUAUUUAGAAGAUUCCGAAGACGUUCGUUGCACCCAGGAUGCAGUUAACUUAGUUUUGGAUGUAAUAGAGACCUCAGAUUUCCAAAAAUUAGGUCCCAAGAUCCACACUCCUGAUAUUGAAGACUGUCGACGUUUUUUACAAAAUUACAGAGAUGAAAAUUACUCUGAGUGCAUAAUGCGAUACUCCGCUGUAACUGCCUACCAUCCGGGAGGUAGUUGUAGGAUGGGCGAUGAUAGAGAAGCAGUUGUUGAUAGGAAGUUACGGGUACAUGGCAUAAAAAAACUAAGAAUCGUUGAUGCAAGUAUCCUUCCCACUCCAAUAUCUGGAACGCCUAAUUCCGUGAUAAUUGCGAUGGCGGAAAGAGCAGCGGAUGUAAUCCUCAAUGUGCCAUUAAAACAGUAAAUGAAAUCAUGCACUAUGUAAUCAUUUGAAAAGUUUUGUAUGUCAAAAUUACUGAAUAAUAUUACAAAUUUAAA